AUGGAUCAAAAAGAAGGGGGAUCAUGUCACAUGGUUUUACUGAAUGAGGUUCUUGGUGGGCUGGAUUAUGUUGGUUGCACGGUUGUAGAAGUUAGAAACUAUAGGCGCGACUUGAGAGCAUAUACUAGUGGGGCAGAUGCACAAAUGGUACUUAAUGAGAUGAGCCGGAAGAAAGAGAAUUGUCCAGCAUUCACCUAUGAUUUUGAGGCGAACUCUAAGGAUAUGCUCACUCGAAAAGAUAACCAUGGGAGACCUGUAGCAUUUGGUGCAUGCUUAUUAUUUAAAGAAAAUGCUGAUUCCUUCACAUGGUUGUUUGAACGUUUUGUCAAAUGUAUGGGUUCUGCACCAAAAUUGAUCAUUACUGAUCAGAAUUUGGGAAUGGAGGUUGCUGUGGAAAGAGUCCUUGUUGAUACAAGACAUCGAUGGCGCAUGUGGCACAUCAUAUUCAAGGUUGUGGAAAAGUUACCAAAGAAUUUACUUGGCAAUGAAGACUUGAAAAAGAAGUUAAACAAUUGUGUGUGGUCUGAGUUGGUAGAGCCUGAAGAAUUUGAUGAAGAAUGGAAUAAAGUAAUGGAAAAAUAUGGGCUUAAGGACAAUGAGUGGUUUUCCUCGAUGUUUGCCUCACGAAAAUUUUGGGUGCCUGCAUUCUUUAGGGAUUUUCGAAUGAGUUCACUAAUAAAGACCACAUCAAUAUCUGAAUCUCAGAACAUAUUCUUCAAGAGGUACUCCAAGUCUCGUUCUAAUCUUGUUGAAUUUCUUAUGAAUUACAACAAUGCAUUGGAUGGCCAAAGGAGCAACAACAAUAGGCUAGAAUACUUGGAUUUUAACACAAUUCCAACUCUGAAAACAAAUUCAGCCCUCGAGAAGCAUGCUUCGACAAUAUAUAGUGAUAGUGGUUUCAAACUAAUUCAAAGUGAGAUUGAGGAAGCAGUUGACAAUGUCACUAUGGUGACAAUGUCAAACAUUGGUGAGAAUGAGAUUUUUGUAGUCAACGACAAGUUCUCGAAGAACUUGACUGUGUCAUACUCCACAUCUUUUGAUUCAUAUGCAUGUAGUUGUAAGAUGUUUGGGAGGAUUGGGCUUGUAUGCAGUCACAUUUUUUGGGUCUUGAGAAACAAAAAAAUGAAAUUAAUCCCUAAUGAGUUACAUGGAGGACGCUGGUUGAAGUCUAAAUUUGCCAAGGCUGUGCAUUGUGGGUUUGAUGAUGAUAUUGAAACAUUUAUUGUUGUGGAUGAGAUGAAGCAGGAGUAUAAGGAUAUGCAUGGAGAUUUUUAUGAUAUUGCACGACUUAUUGAAGGAGAUGGUGAUAAAAUUCGAGCAUUUAGACAAAUUAUGGCUGAAGGGAGAAAAGAAGUACUUGGUGAGGGAAAUGUGUUGUCAAUUAGUGAAAAGAGAUUAAUGAUUGAGAAUUUUUAUGGAUCACAUGUCCCUAGUCAAAUAGAUGUCCAUCCGCCAAAUGUCGUCAAAACCAAAGGUUGUGGUCGACGUCUUUCUCGGCUUGAGAAGGAAAUGAGAGAGAUGUCCAAGCCUGGUCGGAAAUGUGGAAAAUGCGGCGAGGUUGGUCGGCAUGAUUCAAGAAACUGUGAUAAGAUACAGGAGGAGAAUAACAAGAAAAAUAGGAGAAACCAAUGUUGA